AAGUGAGCAGCAAUACAACUUUCGAAGCCAUCCAGCUCAACUAGGCACGAGUUUAAAAAAUUCAAACAUUUUUACCAAAUAUUUUCCCACUUACUCGACAAAUAUGGCCAAAUUCAUCCUAUUCGCCGCCUUAUGUAUUUUGAGUGCCGCUGUCUCCAAAGCAGCUUUCAACAAAGAAGAGGCUAUGAAAAAUUUUAUGACUAAAGCCGAGGAGUGCCGUGGCGAAGUGGGUGCCGCUGACUCUGACAUUCAGGACAUAAUCGCAAAAGUACCAGCGGCCAGUAAGGAAGGCAAAUGCUUGCGCUCCUGUUUGAUGAAAAAAUACGGCGCGAUGGAUAGUAAUGGCAAGUUUGUCAAGUCCGUCGCCGAUCAGCAUGCGCAGGACUUCACUGACGGUGAUGCAGAUAAAUUGAAGACAGCUCGUGAAAUUAUCGACGCUUGCGCCGAUAUUGCAGUACCAGAUGAUCAUUGCGAGGCAACUGAAGUGUAUGGCAAAUGCUUUAUGGAACAAGCGAAAGCUCACGGUAUUCAAAAAUUUGACUUUUGAAGACUCAACUCGAGAACAUUAAAUUUGAUCACCGACCUAUUUAUGAUUUAGAUGUUAAAAAUAUUUAGAUAUGUGUACAUGUGUGUAUUUUGUGCUUAUUUGUUUUUAAUUUU